AUGGACACGAACUUUAAUAGCUCAAAUCAGUUCACGCCGCCGCAAGAUACGGUUAAAAUCUGUAAUCCUCCAAACCAAAUCGCAGAUAAAAACCCCUCAAACUCAACUGGAGUUUGCUCAUCCCCGAAAAGCGAUAAAGUCAAACCGAUGACCAUUAAUGAAGCAUUCGAUCGACUUCGAGAUGUUGUUCCUUCGUUUCCAUUUGAAAGAAAAAUUUCAAAGAUUGAGACUUUGCGUCUGGCUCUCAGCUAUAUUGAACUUCUGGUUGACACUUUGGCGCAGCCUCUUUCAGUAAGACCUUCAGACUAUCUUCAACUCUGCGCUCGUGGAAAAAUAACGGAGGAAAAGAAGUGGAAAACAACAGACCUUACGACACGUCUCCAGUGGAUAAAAUGGGACUGA